GCGUGCAAUGCGGGAGGCUGCGACGGUACCCGGGUGGUGGGGGGACGACCCAGAGGCGGGAGGCGCAGUGGCUGAGGCGCGUCUGCGCCGGUGACCUGAAUGAGGUAGACCAUGACUGUGCCUUUGGUGGCGUUACCAGCUGGGCCGCUUUUCCUGGGAUUUCUCUAAGCCAUCUGCUGGUGGAACCGCUCCCAGAUUUUGUCCACAAGUGCUUGUGGAAAAGAUGGCUGAUAUUAACCUCAAAGAAAUAACCUUAAUAGUAGGUGUGGUUACUGCCUGCUAUUGGAACAGCCUCUUUUGUGGUUUUGUUUUUGAUGAUGUUUCAGCAAUACUGGAUAAUAAAGACCUGCAUCCAUCUACACCUUUAAAAACUUUAUUUCAGAAUGACUUCUGGGGAACUCCUAUGUCUGAGGAAAGAAGCCACAAGUCUUACCGUCCCUUAACAGUGUUGACAUUUCGCUUAAAUUAUCUGUUUAGUGAACUGAAACCAAUGUCAUAUCAUCUCCUAAAUAUGAUUUUUCAUGCUGUGGUUAGUGUGAUAUUUCUUAAAGUCUGCAAACUUUUUCUGGACAACAAGAGUAGUAUGAUUGCUUCUUUACUUUUUGCAGUGCACCCAAUACACACAGAAGCAGUAACAGGUGUUGUAGGAAGAGCAGAACUUUUGUCCUCUAUCUUUUUUCUAGCUGCAUUUUUGUCAUAUACCAGAUCAAAAGGACCAGAUAAUUCCAUAGUAUGGACUCCAAUUGCCUUGACAGUGGUUUUAGUUGCUGUUGCAACAUUGUGUAAAGAGCAAGGAAUAACAGUUGUGGGAAUUUGCUGUGUAUAUGAAGUAUUUAUUGCACAAGGGUAUACUUUGCCAUUAUUAUGGACUACUGCUGGACAGUUUUUCCGUGGAAAGAGUAGUAUUCCAUUUUCUAUGUUGCAGACACUAAUAAAACUCAUUGUUUUGAUGUUCAGUACACUAUUACUUGUUGUAAUUAGAGUCCAGGUUAUUCAGUCCCAACUUCCAGUAUUCACCAGGUUUGAUAACCCAGCUGCCGUAAGCCCAACUCCUACAAGGCAACUAACUUUUAACUAUCUCCUUCCUUUGAAUGCUUGGCUUCUAUUAAAUCCUUCAGAACUCUGCUGUGAUUGGACCAUGGGAACAAUACCACUUAUAGAGUCAUUUCUAGAUAUUCGAAAUCUUGCCACAUUUACUUUCUUUUGCUUUUUGGGGGCUUUGGGAAUAUUCAGUCUUAGAUACCCUGGUGAUUCCUCCAAGACUGUUUUAAUGGCCCUUUGUUUGAUGGCGUUACCAUUUAUUCCUGCAUCAAACCUUUUUUUCCCAGUUGGAUUUGUUGUUGCUGAGAGAGUAUUGUAUGUUCCUAGCAUGGGGUUCUGUAUUUUGGUAGCCCAUGGAUGGCAGAAAAUAUCAAAUAAAAGUGUAUUAAAAAAGUUAUCCUGGAUUUGUCUGUCUAUGGUGAUAUUCACUCAUGCCUUAAAAACACUCCACAGAAAUUGGGAUUGGGAGUCUGAAUAUACAUUGUUUAUGUCAGCCUUGAAGGUAAAUAAAAAUAAUGCCAAAUUAUGGAAUAAUGUGGGUCAUGCUCUGGAAAACGAAAAGAACUUUGAACGAGCUUUGAAAUAUUUCUUACAGGCUACCCAUGUUCAGCCAGAUGAUAUUGGUGCCCACAUGAAUGUAGGAAGAACUUACAAAAAUUUAAAUAGAACCAAAGAAGCUGAAGAAUCUUACAUGAUGGCUAAGUCACUAAUGCCCCAAAUUAUUCCUGGUAAAAAGUAUGCAGCCAGAAUUGCCCCUAACCACCUAAAUGUUUAUAUUAAUCUGGCCAAUCUUAUCCGAGCAAAUGAGUCCCGGCUGGAAGAAGCAGAUCAGCUAUACCGACAAGCAAUAAGCAUGAGACCCGACUUCAAGCAGGCUUACAUUAGCAGAGGAGAAUUGCUUUUAAAAAUGAAUAAACCUCUCAAAGCAAAAGAAGCAUAUCUUAAAGCACUAGAGCUGGACAGAAAUAAUGCAGAUCUUUGGUACAACUUGGCAAUUGUUCAUAUUGAACUUAAAGAACCAAACGAGGCCCUAAAAAAUUUUAAUCGUGCUUUAGAACUAAAUCCGAAGCAUAAACUAGCAUUAUUCAAUUCUGCUAUAUUAAUGCAAGAAUCAGGUGAGGUUAAACUCAGACCAGAAGCUAGAAAACGACUUCUAAGCUAUAUAAAUGAAGAGCCACAAGAUGCUAAUGGUUAUUUCAAUCUGGGAAUGCUUGCCAUGGAUGACAAAAAGGACAGUGAAGCCGAAAUGUGGAUGAAGAAAGCCAUAAAAUUACAAGCCGAUUUCAGAAGUGCUUUGUUUAAUCUGGCUCUCCUGUAUUCUCAGACAGCAAAGGAAUUAAUGGCUUUGCCAAUUCUGGAAGAGUUACUCAGACACUAUCCUGAUCAUAUCAAGGGUCUUAUUUUAAAGGGAGACAUUCUGAUGAAUCAAAAGAAAGAUAUACUUGGAGCAAAAAAAUGUUUUGAAAAGAUUUUGGAAAUGGAUCCAAGCAAUGUGCAAGGAAAACACAAUCUUUGUGUUGUUUAUUUUGAAGAGAAGGACUUAUUAAAAGCUGAAAGAUGCCUGGUUGAAACAUUGGCAUUAGCACCACAUGAAGAAUAUAUUCAGCGCCAUUUGAAUAUAGUCAGGGAUAAAAUUUCCUCAUCUAGUUUUGCAGAACAGCCAAUAUCCCCAGCUGGUAAGACUUCAGGUGUAGAAGGAGACAAAAUUCCAACUGAAAAUGUACAAGAAGAUGUAAAAAGUGAACCUAGAUCUACACAGAUCAUAAAACCGAGUGAUAAUAAAAGUCAAUCUAAAUCCAACAAACUAUUAGGAAAAAAUACAGACAAAGAGACCCCCCACAAAACAACAAAGGAAAUCAAAGAAAUUGAGAAGAAAAGAGUUGCUGCUUUAAAAAGACUAGAAGAGAUUGAACGUAUUUUAAAUGGUGAAUAGUAUUAUUUAUUGUGUCACAAUGUCCUCAAAGAACUUCAGUCUAUCUUACGUGAUUGCUUAUUCUGGGAGCAUUGAAAAAUAGCAAGUAUACACGUAACAGUCUGUCAUGAGCUGCCUCUACAUACAAUCAAAAUGCGAUUUUCAUUAAACACCUAUCUUACCCCAGGGUAUGUAUUGUAUAAGAUGUGACAGUUUUCUGAGUUUUGGUGACUAUGGCAGAAAUACUAAAUUACAGUUUGCAGAUUUGUAUCUUUUAUAUGGAAGGAAGGAAGGAAGAUUUCUUCUGUAGAGUAAUCUUGACUACUCGCAAUUAAAAAUAAUCUGAAGUGUGAAUGAUAGUCCCUUGUGGGCAAAUUUAACAUAUGCUGGUUUAUUCUAUGAAUUGACAUUUAUUAGUUGACUUCAUUACCUUCUGUUGGAAUCUGAUUAUGGAUUGAAAACUCUUAUUGAACACAUUCUUUUUUCUUUGGUAAUUUCUGUUUAACUGAGGGACUUCACACCAUAAAAGAAUACUGGCUUCCUUUAUGUUGUAUUCUUAUGUUGAUUUUUAGAAGGAAUGCCAGAUGAAACUUAUUUAAAAUAAGUCCAGUGACAUAUUAGCUUAAGAAUGUAUUUUCAUAGUUGUGUGCUUUGUCCUUAAUUUUACUCUGAAAUGCAGUUUUUAAUCAGGUAAAAUUUUAUACAUAUACAUACCCGCACAUUUCUAAUGGUGCUCAUAUAUACUCUGUAUUUUUUUACAUACUAAGAGUUUCACAGCAUGAACCACAUAAUCAUGACUAUCCUUGAGUUUUUACUCCCCAAAUUGUUCAUGUUUAUUAGGAUCUUAGUCAUACUGAAAAUGUCCCAGUAACUGUAACUUUAAACCUUUGAGUUGAAACAUAUUUUCUCAUUCAUCUUGGUCUUAUCCCUCUAGUGUUAUUUGAAUUUUAAUUGUUCCAAAAACACACCUUAAUCAUUCUUAGAUACCUUAAGCAACUAAAUUGUGUUCUAUUUAACUGAAGGAAAAACAAUAUGACAAAGUUUAUUUUUAAACACUAAGUUCUUGUUAUCUUCCUAUGGUGUAUAUUUUUAUUAAAUAUUUAUUUUGACUACUGAGCUUUCAUAAAAAUUUUAAAACUGUUUAAAUUCCAUCAGCUAUGGAAAACAAAUUGCUAUUGCAUUUUCUUAUAUAUGCAUCUAUUACAAUUUAACCAAAAUUUCAUCAUUUUGGCCUGCUAUCUAGCUAUGAAAAGUACUUAGCCUUGUAUGGGUUUAAUAGUCAGUUGGUUUUAGCAAAUUUAAAUCUGAAAACUGUUAAGUUGAAGACAUAAAUCAAAUUUAUUAAUUUAUAUCUGAUUUUUUCUUGAGUUAAAGUACAUUUCAGAUGAAUUUUAUAAUACCUAAUAAGUUGGCUUUAAUUUAAACUGUUAAAGCUCAAGCUAUCAUCCUGAGGUAGUAACUAAUUUCUAAUUAUGUAGAAUUUCAAAAACUGAGAAAACUAAUUUCUAAAUAUAUAUAUUUCAAAAAUCCUAUUACUGUAAGUUUUUAUAAAGAAAUAUUUUAUAAAUAGGUCACAAGCAAACUUGGUCUACAUUAAAGACCCACUCUUACUAGGUUCCCUGAGGUUGUGUCAUAAAUUUAUUUUUUAGGCAGUUUAUAUCAAGCACUGACACCAAUCGUAGUUCAUUUUUGAUUUAGAGAUUCUGUUCAGCAUUAAAGCAAUAUCCAGUUUCAGUUUUUAAAUUAUGGCUUUGCAACUCCAGAUAUAAGAUGGAGAAUACCUCAUAUUUACUAUGACUUGAAAAACAAAAUCUAUGUUAAUUUUGUGUUCUGUCCAUGUAUCUUGAGAAAAAAUUUCUGAGUUUGAUCUCUUCUGUUACAGUAUCAAGUGAAGAUAAGUCAGAAAAGCAGAAGGGAAUCUUUUGUGGCAGAAGAUGGUAAUAAGAGCUUUGAGUAAUAUUUUAAUAAAAUUAUGUAACUAUUCAAAAGUUUAAAAAUAUAUUGUUACCCAAUGAUUUUUAUAGGAAAAAGAAUUCCUCUUUAUUUGCGCUUAGAACAAUGCCUAUCAUGUAGGAAGUGCUCAUAUUUGAAUUUUAAAUAAUUUAUUUAAAUCAAAUCCACCCUGAUUAGUAAUUUAGUAAUUAGUAAUUUUUCCAACCCUCACUUCAUAUUAGAAUCAUCUGGAGGACUCUUUAAUAUGGACCCCACCAACAACAAUUUAAUCUGAAUUUCUUAGGAAGGGAGCUAUGCCUCCAUUUUCUUGAAGUUUUCAGAGUGAUCCUAAUUUAUAGUCAGGGUUAAUAAUCACUGCUCUAAAUUAGUUCAAGGAAAUCCUCUUAUCUCUCCUGCACUAACUUUUUAAAUUAGUGUCAUAACCCAGUUAAGUUUUGAUAUUCUAAUGAAUAUGCUCUUCUGAUAACUAGUAUUUAUUUCAUCUUAAGUACCAUCAACCUUGUUUAUGUGAGAUUGAUUAUUUUCUUUAAACUCAUAGUAGAAUUUUAUUCAAGCUGUUCAAGUGAAAAAAGGUAAUAGAUUUUCCCCCAUCUUUGGAAUUGCCUUUUUGGGGAAAUGGAUGGUAGGGAUAUUUUAACCCAGCUUGCUACCUACAGUUCAGAGUUGUGAGCAUUUGAAUGUUUGGAAAGAAAGCAUAUCACAGGUUUGUGUGCUGGUAAAGGGAUGUAGUUUUAGGUCUCACUGUUUACAAAAGAAUCUAUUCCCUAGGAGUUCUGGGAAAGCUUUGACAAUCCCCAAGGGGCAAUUAUGUUACUUUUUCACUACUUCUCAGAAGGAAGAAUUAAGUUUUUCUCCUGUUGCUCCUAUAUGUAUUUCCUUAUUAACAUUCAUACUUGGGAAUUUUAUCUUGUAAUUAUCCCAGUAAGUAAUUUCAUGAAGCUAAUGACUCAGAGGAUAAAACAAUUAUGUUUGCAAUUUUAUGUUUACUUUUAUGUAAAUAUUUAGUAUGUGAAUUACACAAUUCUAAUAAAACCUCAUGCCUUUUCAUUACAUCUAUUUUGAGCUCUCAACUUCAUGUUACCGAAUACUAAUUUGAAGAUCUUUAAUGAAAACUUCUACGAAAAUAUAUAGAUUUGUAUGUCAGUUUCUACUUCAGAAAUCCAUAUAUUUGUCAUAUUUAUUUUUUUAAAAGCCUAAUUGUUUGCAUGACUAAAUGGUAUUUAAAAAUAACCCCCCCCCCCCAAAUACCUGGUAUCUUUGUUCGAAAUUUUGUCUGUUGGGAGCUGUCAGCCAUCCAUGUUAAGAGUUUAUAAGAAAAUAGUUUUAAAUUUUAUGCAUUUUUAUUAUUGUCAUUUCUGUGUGUACAAUAUUUCUAAAUAAUCGGUAUAAAAUUGAUACUUUUUAAAACCUUCACCUGAAUUGCCUUUUAGUGUUCAAAUCAAAAGUAAAAUAAUGUGUCAAGAAAUUACUGCUUCCUUAAAGACAGAAGAGCUGGUGUGUAGUUUUAUUAGCAAUCAUCUGAGAAAGGCAUGUGUUAAAUUAGUUCCAACAGUGAUACAUUUUCAAUCCUUAGUGACAGAAACUAAAAAAAAAACGAGAUGAUUAAAUUCAAACGUGGAAUUUUACAUACAUAAGUAGAAGUCAGUAUUGUGAAAUAAUUAGGAGUCCAAGUUAUGGAUCUGCCUGUAUUCAAAUCCUGGUUCCACCCUUACUAGUGUAACUUAGGGGAAUUGUUCAACCUAUAAUUCCUUGUGUAUACACACACACACACAAAUUAUAUAUAUUGUAUAUAUAAUGUGUAUUGUAUAUAUACACACACAUACACACUCUCUCUAUAUAUAUAUGUAUACAUAUAUACAUAUGUGUGUGUGUGUGUGUGUCCUAUUGUAUAAACUGGCAGGUAUCUUUGUAACUAUAAAUAGUGCAUGCUCAACCACGUGCAUUGUAAAUAGCCUUUACCAAACAUGUUUGACAAGAACCUUAGUUAACAUCACUUAGUAAAUUGUGAUAAACAAAAAGCCAUGAUUUAUUUGAUGUAAUUGGCCUUAUUGUUUUCCAUGUGGCACCAAGAACGAAACAAUUUGCCGCUAUAACCAAGCCAUAGUACUGAUCUAUCUAUUCAGUGUUGUCUUUAUUUUAUUUGAUUGUGGUUUGGUGAUAUUUCAUUGUCAGAUUGGAAAACAUUAAAAAAAAAUUAUUUUCA